CAGCAGCAACUGCGUGGGGCCUCAAAGAACAGCGCCUUCGAGGCGACCCUGAAGGCAAUGCUCAAGGCGGCGCGGAAGAAGCGCAGCAUCGCGAGGUGGAGAGCACUGGAAACGUUCUUCGAGGGUUAUGUACGGCAGCUUGAGAAGAAGAACCGCGGGGGGGAUCAGGCGGGUUUCUACAGGCACCUGAAGAUGAUCGACGUCGAAGGUAAGAGGUCGUUCACCUCUCAGAGCAUCAAGGACGAGGACGGCAAGGUCCUUCGGGACCCCACGUUUAUUCGCCAACGGUGGGCACGGUGGUUCC